CCAUGAGGAGCGCGCACCCCCUGGUCCUCUUCUCCCUGGCCGCCCUUUGCGGGCGCGGGGACUGCCGCGUGGCCAACGCUGAGGAGAAGCUCAUGGACGACCUUCUGAACAAAACCCGCUACAACAACCUGAUCCGCCCAGCCACCAGCUCCUUGCAGCUCAUCUCCAUCGAGCUGCAGCUCUCCCUGGCCCAGCUCAUCAGCGUGAAUGAGCGAGAACAGAUCAUGACCACCAACGUCUGGCUGAAACAGGAGUGGACCGACUACCGCCUGGCCUGGAACAGCUCCUGCUACGAGGGUGUGGACAUCCUGAGGAUCCCUGCAAAGCGCAUCUGGCUGCCUGACAUCGUGCUUUACAACAAUGCCGACGGGACCUACGAGGUGUCUCUCUACACCAACGUGGUGGUGCGCUCCAACGGCAGCAUCCUGUGGCUGCCCCCCGCCAUCUACAAGAGCGCCUGCAAGAUCGAGGUGAAGCACUUCCCCUUCGACCAGCAGAACUGCACCCUCAAGUUCCGCUCCUGGACCUACGACCACACGGAGAUCGACAUGGUCCUCAAGUCGCCUUCGGCCAGCAUGGACGACUUCACCCCCAGUGGCGAAUGGGACAUCGUGGCCCUCCCGGGGCGAAGGACGGUGAACCCGAAGGACCCCAGCUACGUGGACGUGACGUACGACUUCGUCAUCCGCCGCAAGCCCCUGUUCUACACCAUCAACCUCAUCGUGCCCUGCGUGCUCAUCACCUCGCUGGCCAUCCUGGUCUUCUACCUGCCGUCCGACUGCGGCGAGAAGAUGACGCUGUGCAUCUCCGUGCUGCUGGCGCUCACCGUCUUCCUGCUGCUCAUCUCCAAGAUCGUGCCGCCCACGUCCCUGGACGUGCCGCUCAUCGGCAAGUACCUCAUGUUCACCAUGGUGCUGGUCACCUUCUCCAUCGUCACCAGCGUGUGCGUGCUCAACGUGCACCACCGCUCACCCAGCACGCACACCAUGGCGCCCUGGGUCAGGCGCUGCUUCCUGCGCCGGCUGCCCACCUUCCUCUUCAUGAAGCGCCCUGACGGCAGCGCCCCCAGGACCCCCCAGCCCAGUCAGUCUGGGGCCGCCACCGCCUCGGCCACGGGCCCGGCCAGCUCCUCCAACCUCUACGGGAGCUCCAUGUACUUCGUGAAUCCUGCCUCUGCGGCUGCGAAGCCCCCCGCCGGCUCCGACUCUGCGAGGACCCCCAGGGACUUCCGGCUGAGGUCCUCCGGGAGGUUCCAGCAGGACGUGCAGGAGGCUUUACAGGGCGUCAACUUCAUCGCCCAGCACAUGAAGAGUGACGAUCAGGACCAGAGCGUCGUGGAGGACUGGAAGUACGUGGCCAUGGUGGUCGACCGGCUGUUCCUGUGGGUGUUCGUGGUUGUGUGUGUGCUGGGCACCGUGGGGCUCUUCCUACCUCCCCUCUUCCAGACCCACGCGCCCUCCGAGGGUCCCUAGGCUGCCCUGCAUGCCCCAGGGUCCCCAGUUGUGGGGUAAGAUGAUGCAAGCGGCCCAGUGAGCAGUUUGCUGUUUCUCUCUGGGUCACAGCUGCUGAGGCCCUAAAUGAAUGAGACCAUCAGCCAUCUG